AUGAAGAGUAGGGGCUUCCGGGUCAUCAUCAGUGGGGGAGGUAUUUGUGGACUCACAUUGGCAAAUGCGCUAGAACGCGGGCGAGUUGAGUACAUCCUGCUGGAAAGUCGCGAUGAUAUUGCACCACCUCUAGGGGCAUCGAUUGCCAUCAACGCAAAUGGUUUCCGCAUACUUGAUCAGUUAGGCUGCUAUGAUCGAAUUGACUCCAAAACGGCACCUUUCGACUACAUCCGAACAUACCUUCCGGAUGGAAAGUUGCAGAGAAAUGUAGAUUCGCCGCUAUUGACCCACAAAAGGCUUGGCUAUCCAUUCAGCUUCAUGGAAAGAACGUUCCUUCUCCAAUCCUUGUACGACAAUAUCAGCGACAAGAGCAAGGUUCUACUCAAAAAGAGAGUUUCCCGUGUCGACCAGGAGCACGAUGGAGUCACCGUUCACUGCCAAGAUGGCACCAAGUACGAAGGAGAUGUCGUUGUUGGCGCAGAUGGUGUUCACAGCGCAGUUCGUGGGGAAAUGUGGCGGCAUAUGAAUGUUGAGCAUUUCCCAUUAGCGGAAUCUGAGAGAUCGGCAAUGACCUCCACGUACAAGGCAAUCUAUGCUAUUUCGAAACCGACAAAAGGGCUUGCGGGAAAUACCUUCAACCAGGUCGUGGGAUAUGACCGUUCGAUGCUUUACACUACUGAAAAAUCAGGAAGAAUAUUUUGGUUCCUUUUUGAGAAGAUGGACAAGAAAUACCGGUACCCGGACAUUCCUAAGUUCAACAAUGACGAUACUGAAAAUAUGAUCCGUCGCCAUCUUGACAUUCGUCUCAACGAGACUUUGACCUUGGCAGACCUUUGGGAGAACCGAGUCCAGUGGAACAUGGCUCCACUUGAAGAAGCAUUGCGUAAACAAUGGACCUGGGGUCGAUUCGUAUGCGCUGGAGACUCGGUCCAUAAGUGGACUCCUAAUCUCGGAGCGGGAGGCAACCAUGCUAUUGAAAGUGCCGCAGCACUUGCUAAUGCGCUUUAUGAUCUGGCAAAUCACUCCAGUCCAGCUACACUGAAAGAUAUACAGUCAUCAUUAAUCGGCUAUCACUCUCAUCGCAAAUACAGAGCGAAGAAGACUUAUCGAGUUUCUAACAUGGUGACGCGUCUAGAAGCAAUGAGAUCCAGAAAAGCACGGUUUUGGGUGUUUUGCCUUCAACCGACACUCGAUGGGUGGGUCGGAAACCGCAUGAGCGACGAACUUAUAGGUGCCGAAGUGAUCAAAUUUCUGCCUUACCCCCAGCGAGCACUUACUGGAACGAUGGGCUUCAAUCCGAAUUUCUCAAAUGGAUAUCCAUCAAAACUAAAGCAAAGGAUGCUGCUUGCCCUACCAUUGAUUUUGCUUGCUAUCUUCGCCUACACCGUACUUGCUGGCAUUGUCUCCUCUGUUCCCUUCUCCAUUGAGGUUAUCAAAGCAGCCGAAAGUGGCUACAUUCAUUUAGCUGGAACCGGUUGGAAACUUCCGAUGGAUACAUAUCCUUUCAACGUUCUUACCACGGUUUUUGCGCCUUCAUUACUCAACAUCGACCCUUCACAGCGGCUACAAGCACUUGCAUUCCUGAUCGAUUUGAAUCCGAUGUGGCUCAUCUGGAUGCUCGAAAGCCACCGCAGAGCGAACGUAGCAUCCCUGGCGAGUUUUAUUAGCUAUCCACUUAUCUAUGGAAUCGCUUUCCAGAUCCUGGGAAUCGGUGUCGUUGGACCGGUUUGGUUCUUCCUACAUUACAUGCAGAGCUCCAUUCGCAAUUUCAUCGCCCCCGACUUGCGGAUGAUCGAUACAGCAGCCUCGAAAACUGCCUUGCUCGCUGUUCUCACGGGAUUGACGACACCCACUCUAUUGAUGUACCUCCUUCCGGACUAUGAUCAACGCUUGACAAUUAACGCCGUAUGGCAGGCGUUCCCAAUCACGACCAUACUCCUUCAUUAUAUCCUGCGCAGAUUCACCGUAAAAAACACUAUGAAACAUGACAUCAUUUGGAAUGUUGGAGCCGACCUACCUUUUGUCAGACUCAGUAUCCAGAUUGCUGCGGUAAUUUCGACUCUAUGUUUUAACUGGGUUCGAUGGAUAUCUGCUGGUCAGUUCUUCAGCAUCUUUAUGCCACAAUGGUCCACAGUAACUGCAGCAUUACUUUUGAAGCCACUGGGGUUGAACUUGGUCGAUGGCAUGAGCCUUUUUCUUCAGAUUGAUGAACUUAGUAUCUUCGCCGCAGCAUUCCUAUGGUUGGCUCUUCUGGUCCAUGAUCUAAAAACGGAGGAGAUGACUAAGAUCAGCUGGCUACAAGCACUCGUAGUAGGCAUCAUUGGAACUUGUUUGCUAGGUCCUGGAGCUCUUUUCGCACUUACAUGGCUCUGGAGGGAGGAAAUUAUGGCAAAUAAGACUUUGAAGGGGGCCAUCAUCUCGAAAACCACCAAGUAA